CCUUGGCCUAAUUCAAUUGAGUGCCUGACACCUCCAUCUAUCCCAUGACGCUAUGGCUUCUUUGGAGGAAAGCGCGGCGUGCUCGAACUGCGGCGGCAACAUCUUGACGAGAUGGGCUUUUUGCCGUCACUGUGGCAUCGCCUUGGAUUCGCCUGCACAGUGGGAGCCCGUGGUGGAGCCGUUGGUGCCCACGAGGCUCUUCGCUUUGGAGGCUUCGUAUUCCCCGAUGGGAGAGAGCCGAGCUCGUGGGGUGAGCUCGGAGGUCCAGAUUCGGCGCGCCAAGACCUCCCAGGACUUGAAUCUGAACUUGCAGAACUCUUAUUUGCACCUGGCUCCGGCCGAGGUGGAGAAGCAGAUUGCAGUGGUGGAGCAAAGGAUAGUGCAGAUAAGGGAGGGCGAUGGCGGAAGAGUGCGGCUUCUUUGCGAGCAAGCGAAGAGGUUGGAAGAAGGACUGCAAGCAAUGCGGGUCGCUCGCGAGAUCCACGACGAGCGCAGGAGAAAGGAGUUGAAGGUGGUGGAGGGAAGCUUUGCAGCGGAGCUGGAGAGAGCUGCUUCUGAGCGGCAAGAGGUGGAGGCCAAGCUGCAGGAGACUGCUGACACUAUGCUAGAAGAAUGCCGUGCUGAUCUUUCAAAGGAGCACUCGCACCGGGGAAUGGUGCAUCAUGAGUGUACGCGAGAGAUCAGUGAAGAGGUGCAGCGAGUGCAUGUGCUCCUGGAGAAGCAGCGUGCGUCACGCCUGGCAUGCGGGGAGCAGAUCCUGGCAAAGCUGGAGGAUGGGUUUCAGAAAGUGCACGAGUCCAUCGUCAUGGAGCAGAAGCUGCGCUUCGAGGCGGAGGGCAUGAUGCUGCGGAUGGUGGAGGAUGUCUGCGGUCGAUUGCAUGACGAGAUCCAGAAGGAGCGGCUACAGCGGGAAGCCGUUCAGAACAAACUUCUGGGAUUGUUGGAAGAUACCUGCACGCAAAUUGAGAAUAGCUUCUCCUACCUCGCUGAGUCCAAAGGCAUGAAUCAUUGACUUCAGCGGCGUUAAUGAGCUUGCAGACCACUCUCCAGUCCAGUUUACUGGCGGUCAGCAA